GGUCAUGGCGAGCUACGUGCAGCUGAACACCGGGGCCAAGAUGCCUAUCCUGGGGUUGGGCACAUGGAAGUCCCCGCCAGGGAAAGUAGCAGCUGCAGUGAUGGCUGCCAUCGAUGCUGGAUACCGUCACUUUGACUGUGCCUAUGUGUACCAAAAUGAAAAUGAAGUUGGGGAUGGGAUCCAGCAAAAAAUCAAGGAAGGCGUUGUGAAACGGGAGGACCUCUUUGUUGUCAGUAAGCUGUGGUGCACAUUUCAUGACAAGCCUCUGGUGAAGGGAGCCUGCCAGAAGACUCUUGCAGCCUUGAAACUGGAUUACCUGGAUCUCUACCUCAUCCACUGGCCUCUUGGUUUUAAGGCAGGAGAGGAGCUGUUUCCCACAGACGACAAAGGCAUGUCAAUACCCAGCAACACAGAUAUUCUGCAUACGUGGGAAGCCAUGGAGGAGCUGGUGGAUGCUGGUCUGGUAAAAGCCAUUGGUAUCUCCAACUUUAACCAUGAGCAGAUCGAAAGAAUCUUGAACAAGCCAGGACUGAAAUACAAGCCUGCCAAUAACCAGGUGGAAUGUCACCCAUACCUUACCCAGGAGAAGCUGAUCAAGUACUGUCAAUCCAAAGGGAUUUCUGUGACUGCAUACAGUCCUCUCGGCUCUCCUGACAGACCAUGGGCUAAGCCAGAGGAUCCUUCCCUUCUGGAUGACCCCAAGAUCAAACAGAUUGCAGCCAAGCACAACAAAACCCCAGCACAGGUUCUCAUUCGGUUCCACAUCCAGAGAAAUGUGAUUGUGAUUCCCAAGUCUGUCACCCCACAGCGCAUUGUGGAGAACUUCAAGGUGUUUGACUUUGAAUUGACGAAAGAGGAGAUGGCAACCAUUCUCAGCUUUAAUAGGAACUGGAGAGCCUGUGAAAUGACCACGUGCAAAACUCACAAGGAUUACCCUUUCCAUGCAGAAUACUGAAGAUGGUUUCCUGCCUCUCUCCAGACUUCCCAGAUAAGCUUCUGCUGUUGCCUAUGAGUUGUCCACGUAACUUUCUCACUGCAUCAGACACCCUUUUUUUCUCCUUUUUUUUUUCCCCCACAAAGAUGCAGUAUAUGUAUUCAGUGACUUUGUGUUGUUUUCUUUUUUGGGAGAAGGAAAAGCUAAAAUGGUUCUGAAGAGCA